ACGGCACUCCAAUUGGCCGGGACGACCGUCCAUCAAUCAAUCUUGGUCGAUCGAUCGGCCCCUCAUCGGUCAACGCAUUUCCCGUUCUGAAAGUUCCUGCAAAGCUCCCGGAGAGAAAGAAACUAAGCCUUUCCUCUACCGCCCCCUUCCUUUCCUUUCCUUUCCCUCCCCAAAGUUCCCAAGAGCAAAAAUCGUGAAAUUAGAUGAAAUAAACACUUAAAAACUUGCAAGUAAACAGCCCCAAGGCUGCGCACCACCCUAUGCCUCCGAACGCCACUUGGCGACUGGCGGCCAGCCCUUUCCCUGGUUAGAAACUGGACCCUUUGAGGAGCCUGGCGCGGAGCGGGCUCGGAGCGGACAAUGCCUGGGCAGCAGCCGCAGAAAGACAAAGAAAAGGAAGAGGAGAAGGCUGAUGAGGAAAUGGAGCAGGAUUCUCCAGAGAAUGAGGAGAGCUCAGAUGAGGAGAGUGGCAGUACUUCUGCAUCUGAGGAGGAGGGUGAAGACAGCUCAGAAAUGGACGAUGAGGACUGUGAGCGGCGCCGCACUGAGUGUCUGGAUGAAAUGUCAGAUUUGGAGAAGCAGUUCACGGAUCUGAAAGAACAACUGUACAAAGAGAGAUUGAGUCAGGUUGAAGCCAAACUGGAUGAGGUGAUCGCAGGGAAAGCAACUGAGUACUUGGAGCCCCUGGCUGUCCUGCAGAAGAACAUGAAAAUCAGAACGGAGGUAGCAGGAGUAUAUAAAGAUUUGUGUUUGGAAGUAAUCAGAAACAGGUACGAGUGUGAACUGCAGGGAGCCCGACAACAUCUGGAGAGUGAGAAGCUGCUGCUGUUCGAUAACAUGCGGAAUGAGUUGUUGGAGCGAAUUCAGCGAUUGGAAGAGGACAAGCAGAGUAUAGACAUAACCUCUGAGUGGUGGAAUGAGGAGGUCCGCGGGAAACGGAACAAGAAGAAAUGUGACACCUUUAAACCAGAAAAGAAGAAGAAGGCAGCGACUGUGUCUGGGCCGUACAUUGUCUACAUGUUGCGAGACAUUGAUAUCUUGGAGGACUGGGCUGCAAUUAAAAAGGCAAAAGCAGUUGUGGCCCAGCAAAAGAGAAAAUCAGAUGGUACAAACACUGAAGCAGCCCACGGUAAGAAGGCAAAGGCCUCAUCUCAAGUGAUAAAUGACACAGCUCUACCUAAACAAGAGAAACAUUUGUACUUGGCUAAGUGUGAAGAUGGAAGAUUAUUCUAUGAGGGAGACUGGUACAGCAAGGGGCAAAGCAUCAUACUGGAGAUAAAGGAUGAAGCACCCUCACAUGCAACAAUUACAGCUGUCAGCACGGGAGAGGUUUGGCUCCGCAGGUUAGAUGGCAGCAAAACCAAAUUGUACGUCAGCCAGCUUCAGAAAGGGAAAUAUUCUAUCCACAAGGCAUGACCUUUUGACAAGAAACCUCUACCAUCGAGGAAGAGCUUAUUCUAGCAAAAAAGUUAUAUAUCGAUUUACAUAAAACGAAAAGUAUUUUUUGAUAAGCAGCCUUCUCUCCAGGGUUUACAUGGAAGACUGGCACCAAGAAAACUCAGUGUAACUUCAUUAUGGAGUAUGGCAAAAUGAUUGCCAAAGUUUAAAAGACCAUGAACAAAUCAGAUUCCCACUUGUGCUUCGAGAGGGAGCAAAGUUUGGCAAAACAGCUGGCUUUGGGGAGGCCAGUUAAACAGAAGCUUGCCCCACCCCCCACCCUCUGCCUCCUUUCCGGAUUGCUCGUAAAAUUCGUGAGUGGUGAAACCAAGAGGAUAUUUUAGCACUUUCUCUUUACUUUUGGUGACCUACUGUGCACUAAGAUUCAAAUCUGCGCAUGGCAUGAACUGCAGAGUAAUUAAAGAUACUAGUCAGAGCCUGUAUCCAAAUGGUGCUUUAUGAAUUUGAGUUACAUGGCAGAGCUCAACUGUGGAUACUGCUUGCAAUUGUACAGCACUUUUUAAAAACCGGACCGACUCUGAAUUGGAGUCCUAAGCACUAAACCAUGGAGAUCGUGUGGAAUAAAAUGUUUAUUUCAAAUCUAUUGAAGCUUUAAAAAAUAAGACAUCUAUUAAAAUAAAUAUUUGACACA